AUCACAGAGCAUUCCAAGGCCUUCCCAGCCUACGUGGGGCCAGCCCCUGCUCCAGAACCCGCAGCGGGCCUCAUGUGGAUGCUGGCACUAGGUGGGAUCUUCCUGGCAGCCGCCCAGGCCUGUGUCUUCUGCCGCUUCCCAGACCAUGACUUGUCGGGCCGCCUGGCUCAGCUUUGCAGCCAGAUGGAGGCCCAGUGGAAGGACUGUGAAGUCUCCUGGAACUUCUCGGCCUUUGCCUUAGAUGAUGCAUCCUUGAAAAAAGUCACAGAGAAGACUCACAGAGUCCUGAGGGUCAUGGAGAUCAAAGGGUCUCUCUCCUCACUCCUUUCAUAUUGGAAAUGGCUUCAAAAGACCAAGCUCCCAGAAUACAACAGGGAAGCUCUCUGCGCUCCCGCCUGCCAGCUGGUCCUGCUGUCUCCUGCAGGGGGCAGCACCAUCCUGUACAACUGCUCCACCUGCCAGGGCUUCGAGGUGUACUGCUGGCCCCGAAAGCGCUGCUUCCCAGGAAGUCACGAUCUUUGGGAAGCCAGGAUUCUGCUGCUCUUUGUCUCCGGAGCCGCCCUCCUCCUGGGUAUUCUGAGCUUCGCGGUGGAGUGAGUUGGGGGAUAAGGGCCAGAAACAGCCUCACUACCUCUGACCCAUCAGUACCUUUCCCCACCCCCCAUCCUUCCUCUUUCCCUCCCAGCCCCCUCCCCUUCCCUUCCCUGGGCUCCCACCCUCUGUCUUCCCUCAGGUACAGCCACCUCCAAGCAAAAAGUGACUUGUGAAGACGAGGACACAUCUUAGCCUCCAGUUCUAAGGAGCAUGUGCCCACAACUUUCACUUCUCUUGUGGGGCGGG